AUGACUGCAGACUGCAGGGGGCCCUCCCGGGGCACCGGGGGCACUCUGGGCGAGGGGGGGGCCCCCCGGACGGGCCCCCUUCUUCACACUGAAGACCCCCCCUCUCCAAGACCCAAUGAAAUCCGGUACAUCCCCGCGCGCUUCGUAGAUACGCCUCGCAGCAGCGCAGCAGCAGCAGCAGCAGCAGCAGCGGCGCCGCCCUCCUCUUCCCCCAACUCCGCGCGACAGCCUCCUCCGCAAGUCCCCCCUGUUCCCAUCAAUGUGCUGAGGCCCACCAGCAGCAGCAGCAGCAGCAGCAGCAGCAGCAGCAGCAGCAGCAAGAAGGCGGCCGGACCUAGUGCGCCCCGGGCACUGCAGCCUCACUACUUCGUCGGAUCUGCAGCAGCAGCAGCAGCAGCAGCAGCAGCAGCAGCGGGGCCCGCAGCAGCCACCCUGAGGCCCUUGCUGAGUGCCGGGGCCCCUCUGCAGAAACUCCCCGUGGACUCCCCGCAGUGCAGGUGGGGGGCCCCCCCCCUGACCACUCCGAGGACCACCAGUGGACCACUGGUCCACUGCCCCCUGAGCGCACCUCUGGCUGCUGCGGGCUACGCGCAGCAGCAGUUCGCGGACAGCAGUUGCCCCCUAGAGCUGCGCAGCAGCAGCACGCCGUCGGGGGCCCCCCUGGGGGGCCCCCCGGGGGCCCCCCGGGGGUCCCCCCUAGGGUACCGGCUCGUGGGCACUGUCCCCGAGUGCAUGCAAACAGUGACUCGCUAUCGGCUGCCACGGCCUUCGCUGCAGCCGCUGCUGCCGAUGAAGGAAGUUGAACUUUGUUCUUACUUGCAGGGGAAGCCGCGGCUGCCGCCGCAGCCGUCUGUGACUAGGGUGAACGCGCUGCUGCUGCUGCUGCUGCUGCUGCUGCUGCUGCUGCUGCUGCCGCAGUGGUCGCUUAAGAAUGCAGUUUGCUUUGCGGAUUCGUGCGAUGAGUUCAAACGGAUUUCCAACCCGGCAGCAAAUUGCUGCUCCACUCUGUGGGCUCUUUGCCGCCGCUGCGGCGGCCAAGGCGGCCACAAAAAGAAAGAGAUGAAUUACAGAAAGUCAUUUGAAUUGUGCUGCUGCUGCGUGCGGGUGUAUGUACACUAG